AUGGGUGGGUCGAAGAUAUGUAUUCAUUGUGGGGCGUCUGUGGUCACUCGGCAAGGCCAACCCGCUCAAGCACUCUUUGAUCAGGAACUUUAUCGCAAGUCCAAGAUCCUUAAAUUGCUGGAGUGUCAAUGGUGUGAAUUGGUGGCCGAUCGCUAUAUCGAAAGCGAAGGCAUGAUGGUGCUUAUCGAUUUGGUCCUCCAAAAACCCGAGGCCUAUCGUCACGUGCUCUUCAACGAGAACUAUUGGAUCAUUAUUAGCAAAUUGGCCUUGCUCACCAUCAUUUGUGACGGGUACAUCCGUUGGUCAGCUUUGACCACAUCCGGCGAGUUCUUCGAGCAAGAGUAUCAGUUUUACAUCAUGUGUCUCAAUUUCGCUUUAGGCUUAUUGACCUUCCUCACCGUGACAAUUGCCUCGUUGGUGACCUCAGUCUCGUCAUUUGUGACCUUGUUCAAUGGAUUGUUGAUGGCGUAUUCGGCGCGAUUUUGCAAUGUAGCUGCCCUAUUAUGGGCCUCACCUUUGGAAACCACCGAUCCCUAUGCCAACAUUGGACCCUCUUUGAUGUGGGUCUUUAUCUAUUUGCUGUUUUUUAUGGCCACUUUUCGUGUAAUCCAAGUGUCCACCAAUAAAUCGUGGUUGGUUUCUGGCGUAAUUGGAGUCCUUGCUCAUGUUGCUUGGCACUUAAUACUCCAUUUUGAUUUCAUCAUUGCUCCCUUUUCUUGUUUGAGUAAUUAGGGAAAGAGCCAAUAAUAAACAAUGAAACCACUA